GUUUACGAUCAGACAAUUAGUCGAUGUCAUUUUCGAGGUGGUAGAUUCGCUGCGACAGGCCGGAGAACCUGCAUUGCAGCAUUUACCCGUCUUAGAAGCCGAAGAUAGGGUGCAAUAUUUGCCUAUGCCCGUUGAUGAUCCAAGGCAAAGACGACCAGACAUUGAGAGGGCAAAGACUCUUUUGAAUUGGGAACCAAAAUGGGAAUUGAAGGAUGGAAUCAAGGAGAUGGCAUUGUACUAUAUACAACAGAUCAAGACUGGACAAUUGUAAUUGCCAAUGUAAUGCAUUUUAUCGCAUAUAUUCGACAUAAGAACAUUAGUAGUUGGCGUAAUUAAUUUACUCGUCCCACAAAAAAAGAUGACGAGUAAGAAUGCAUGCGGCCUGUAGUGCAAAGGCCAAAGGUCAAUAUCUUAGCCUUUCUUUACUUCAUUUCCUCACCAACAUCUUUGCCCAGAAUGGUGCAUCAUAUCACAAAGGUUGAAGAAGUCACCUUCAUGGUGCAUGAGAUUGCUAUUCUCAAGCAUCCCGACAUCUUGAUGACAGAUGCAGAAUGGCAAAGAUAUCGAAAAUUAGCCUCCUCCUACAUUCAUCAUCGUAGUAGAGUUUCUCUCGUCGUCAGACGCUUUGACGAAUGGCGUAAUCAUUCAUACGAUCGAGACCAUGAAAAUGCCAAUGCACUUUACAACACUAAUGCAGGCUCAGAAAGGUACGAACAAGGCGAUUUUUUCGUUCAUCAGGAGGUGGAAUUGCAAGAUGGAGGAGACGAUGAUGAUGGUGAAGGUUAUGAAAUGUUGGACGAUUAUGAGCGAGAGACAAUCGAAUUGCAAAAGGAGGUUGCCAAUCUCGAGCAUCCCAGUGCACGUAUAGAAUUGCAAUUGGUCUGGGCUCAAAGAAUUGGAGGGACCCAAGAUCAAGAAUGCACAGAGGCUCAAAUCACUUCACCAUACGUGCUCAAGCUCAACAAAUUCAUCGCCAAAAAUGUUACCUGCAUGAACGCUGGAGGAGCCGCAUUUAAAGUUGAACAUACAAAUCGUGAAGUUGAACUCUCCUUUCGUCAUCCUUUAGAAGGACCGGAGUACAACUUUCGCAAAGUUCGAAUCUUUUUCCAUGAGAAUGAAGAGAUGCAAGAUUUUCUUUCUCGCAUUGACGUAAGUCGUCUUGUCAGCCAACUCGAAAAUAUUUGAUUGAUCCACUCCCCUUUUCCUCAGGUUCUCAUCGGUGUACGCCGUAGCAAGACUGCUUUACGCCUCAUCGAAAACACAAGGGAACAGUCGCGGAGCGAGAAGAAUGACUAUUGAAAUGUCAUCCCGUCGUAAGAAAAGGUAUCGAAGGGUAUCUCGCCGUGACAGCCCGUAAUGCUAUAAUUGCAAUGCACUACGAUCAUCAAGAAGGCUACAAUGAUCAAAACCAAGCGUAUAAAGCCUGCUGUUGUCCAUUUGCUGUAUACUACUCUGCUAAU